AUGUUUGGCCGAUUAACGCACAAAAUUUGGAUAUGUUGUGACACAGCGAGAAGAUUAAGUGCUGCGGCUGGAGUUAGCCGAAGCAGUACUUUUGUGGAUAUCGUUCAACAUCGACAUCGAGAACUACUCUCGACCCUGGAUGCCAAAAUCGAUGCUGCCUUUGAGGAAAAAGAACAACUAAACAAGAAAAUAGGACCUGCCACCUUGCAGAAAUUCGAAUCACUUUCCCAGCGAUGCCUCAAUACGGAGAAAGUCAUACUCGUUCCAAUUGGAUCUCUCGUUUAUGGGCUAGGAUAUCAGCAAUCCGAUUAUGAUUCAGUGCUGUUUGUAAAGAAUAAGAAGGAACGAGACGCUUUUAUGCAAAUCAUUCACUCAAAUCAAGAUCUUCGAGGGGCUUUAUUUGAAUCUUUGUCGGCCCUCAUUGGACGAAAUUCUCCCGAAAUCCUCAAUAAAGAAGUGUCGAGAGUUAUCCCGUUAACUUUCUUGAAGAUACCACUGCUAGUUAUUGAAUUCACCGAUGGAUCAUCAAUUGACAUUUCGAUUCCCGAUAACGAUUUUCAGGCCAUUCGUAAUUCGAAUCUCGUUCGAUAUUACUUAAAGGCGGAUAAACGAUUCGGCAAAAUGCUGCUUUACAUUCGACGCUUAUUUGAGGAGUGCGGGGUUAAAAAUAGUAAGGCGGGUCUUCUUAGCAACUAUCACAUAGUGAUGACGAUUGUGCACUUUUUGCAAAGUGAACAGUCACUUACACCGUGGCAAGUUCUUCCUGUUUUGUGUCAAACACACCCAUCAUUGGUCGGCCGUGAUCUACCGAUUGAGCAAAUUAUCAGACAACUCGCAAUCCCAAUCUCGAACUUGACUUUCGAUUAUCAGUCGAAUAACAAAAUGCACGUUUCUGAAUUGUUGAUCAGAUACUUUGACUACUACUCUCGUUUCAACUUUACGAAGGAGGCCAUUCAUAUAGAGCAAGGGCAAGCAAGACGAAUGUCAAGGAAAAGUAUCGGUGACGAGCAACGUUUGAUGAUCAUCGAUCCGUAUUCUCAUGGAACGGUGGCUCGUUCACCCUACAUUGUUGACGCUUUUAAAGAAGUCAUUCGUUUCACUUGCGGGAGAAUGCGAAAUGGCAACUUGAUCGAAUCUUUUCCGAUAUUCCCUGAGGCUUCUCAUUUUUAUGAGGGAACGAAAUUUCACACAUGGCGGGUGCAAGCACAAGAAAAGAAGCUUUUAGCAAUGCGGUUUUCCCUUCUCCAGUUGCCAGUCGCUGUUCUCUGCUUUGUCACAUUGAAAUUUUUCGUCGACGUGCCGCUACUCUUUCUUCAGCAUUCUCAAUUGAAAGUGGAGCGCGAUUAUUGCUUUAGAAUCUCUCACUCUCAACCACGUCGAUGUGUCGAGGUCAAUUCGUCAACUUUUGUGCCAAAUGCCACCCGCUUUCACGAUCUAGGCAUCAAAAUAGCAACUAAUCAAUCUAAUCCUGUGAACACCGAAGAGAUGUAUGUGUAUGAUUGGAUGUGGGCAAAAUGGACAAUUUCGAAUCUAAUUAUAAUGGCCGUCGGCUUCAAAAUUUUUCAAGGAUGUUCCCUACUUUAUAAUGGUACAAUCACGCAAAACCAAGUCGGAGUCGCAUUUUAUCUAUUCACAGUUGAAGCGGCUAUUUAUCUCAUUUCAUGUCGACUCUUGCCUCCAAUUCCAGCACCGAUCAUUUCACAAAGAUCUCCUUUUUCUGUACGCUUUUGUGGACUUUCAAUUCAUUUGUCGUUAUAUCAUUUUGUUGUUUUUCUGAUGAGUCUUUUCAUUGUGCAUCGACGGAUGUCUGCAUCUGCUGCUGGUAAUUCUGGUGAUGGCGAAACUUUCGCUUUUCAAGCCGAGAUCGCUCAGUUGAUGUCUUUGAUCAUCAACACUUUCUACAGUAACAAGGAGAUCUUCCUUCGUGAACUUGUGUCCAACUCUUCGGAUGCUCUCGACAAAAUCCGUUACCAAGCUCUGACGGAGCCAUCGGAGCUCGAUUCGGGCAAGGAGCUCUUCAUCAAGAUCGUCCCCAACAAGGCCGACAAGACGCUCACCAUCAUCGACACUGGAAUCGGAAUGACAAAGGCUGAUCUUGUUAACAACCUCGGAACCAUCGCCAAGUCUGGAACCAAAUCUUUCAUGGAGGCUCUUCAGGCUGGAGCUGACAUUUCGAUGAUUGGCCAGUUCGGAGUCGGAUUCUACUCUGCUUUCCUGGUUGCGGAUAAGGUAGUUGUGACCUCGAAGAACAACGACGACGAUUGCCACAUGUGGGAGUCAUCGGCCGGAGGUAGCUUCCUCGUCACUGCCGUCAACGACCCAGAAGUGCCUCGUGGGACCAAGAUUGUUCUCUACAUCAAGGAGGACCAGGCCGAGUAUCUCGAGGAGCGCCGCAUCAAAGAAAUCAUCAAGAAGCACUCGCAGUUCAUCGGCUAUCCAAUCAAGUUGCUCGUGGAGAAAGAACGUGAGAAAGAAGUGGAGGACGAAGAAGCGGAGGAAAAGCCCGAAGAGGCAUCUGAGGAAGGAAAGGUCGAGGAUGUCGGCGAAGAUGAGGAUGCGGACAAGAAGGACAAGAAAAAGAAGAAGAUCAAGGAAAAGUACUUCGAAGACGAGGAGCUCAACAAGACGAAACCGAUCUGGACUCGCAACCCCGAUGACAUCUCAAACGAGGAGUACGGGGAGUUCUACAAGAGCUUGAGCAAUGAUUGGGAGGAUCAUUUAGCCGUCAAACACUUCAGUGUUGAGGGUCAACUUGAGUUCCGCGCUCUUCUCUUCGUGCCUCAACGUGCUCCAUUUGAUCUCUUCGAGAACAAGAAAUCGAAGAACUCGAUCAAGCUUUACGUGCGCCGUGUCUUCAUCAUGGAAAACUGUGAGGAGCUGAUGCCUGAGUACCUUAACUUUGUGAAAGGAGUCGUCGAUUCCGAAGAUCUGCCUCUUAACAUUUCACGUGAGAUGUUGCAACAGUCGAAGAUUCUGAAGGUCAUCCGGAAGAACCUUGUCAAGAAAUGUGUCGAGCUCUUCGAUGAGAUUGCCGAAGACAAAGACAAUUUCAAGAAGUUCUACGAGCAUUUUGGCAAGAACAUCAAGCUCGGAAUCCAUGAAGACUCCACCAAUCGCAAGAAGUUGUCUGAAUAUCUUCGUUAUGCAACAUCCUCAUCGGAAGAAACCACUUCGCUCAAAGACUAUGUCUCAAGGAUGAAGGAAAACCAGACUCAGAUUUUCUACAUCACUGGCGAGUCGAAGGAAAGCGUUGCCAACUCAGCUUUUGUGGAGCGUGUCCGUUCCCGUGGCUUCGAAAUCCUCUACAUGACUGAUCCCAUCGACGAAUAUUGCGUCCAACAACUCAAGGAGUACGAUGGAAAGAAGCUUGUCUCCGUGACCAAGGAAGGCCUUGAGCUGCCCGAGUCGGACGAAGACAAAAAGAAGUUUGAGGAGAACAAGGUGAAGUUCGAAGGACUUUGCAAGUACAUCAAGGACGUGCUCGAAAAGAAAGUCGAGAAAGUCUCCAUCUCGAACCGUCUCAUCAAUUCACCUUGCUGCGUGGUCACCUCGGAGUACGGAUGGUCUGCCAAUAUGGAGCGGAUCAUGAAAGCUCAGGCUCUUCGUGAUUCAGCAACGAUGGGUUACAUGGCAGGCAAGAAGCACCUCGAGAUCAAUCCCGAACAUCCAAUCAUUGUGAAUCUUUGCGAUCGGGUCGAGGCUGACAAGAGCAACACAAGCAUGAAGACUUCGAAGGAUCUAAUUGUCCUUCUCUACGAAACCGCGCUGCUUUCUUCUGGCUUCACUCUUGAGGAGCCCGGUCUCCAUGCCACUCGCAUCUAUCGCAUGAUCAAGCUUGGUCUCGACAUCGGGGAUGAUGAUGAGGACGCAACCACUGCUGAAACUCCUUCCACUUCUGAGGUUCCAAAGGUCGAGGGUGCUGACGAGGAGAAGAGCCGAAUGGAGGAAGUCGAU